AUGGAGAUCCCAGUGGUGGACUUCGGCGAUUACAGUCUGAGUGACAAAGAUGUCCCUGACGAGCAGCUGCAGAGUUUAAGCAAAGAGUUGAAAUCAGCCUUUACAGAAGUUGGUUUUGUGUUUCUGAAGAACACGGGGAUCACUCAGGAGGAGGUGGACGAUGUUAUGGACAUAUCCAAGAAAUUCUUCCUGCAGCCAGAGGAGCUGAAACAACCCUUCAGCAGGAGCAGUUUCUCAAACAGUCCAAACCACGGAUGGGUGUCACUGGAGACGGAGAGGUUGAAUCCACGUCGACCUGGAGACCUAAAGGAGUCUUUCAACAAUUCCUCGCUGCGCCCUGACAUAAAAUGGCCGUCAUCAGGCAAUUUAAAAAGUUUCCAGGAGAUCCAGACGUCCUUCUUCCAACGCUGUAAAGAGCUGAGUCUGCGGGUGCUGAGGGUGAUGGCCCACAGUCUGGGACUGGACCCAGAGGUGUUCUUGAGUACACACCGUUCAAUAGGAACUGACAAAAACAGCACUACACUGCGAUCUCUCUACUACCCACCAGUGAAUUGUGAGAAAGCAAAGGAGGGCCAGCUGCGAUGUGGAGAGCAUUCAGACUAUGGCAGCAUUACUCUGUUGUUCCAGGGCUCAGAAGGUCUGCAGGUGCGUGCACGCUCAGGGGAAUUCAUCUCUGUUCCCUGUAUCCCUGGAGCCAUCCUCAUAAAUAUCGCUGACCUGAUGCAGCGCUGGACAAGUGACCAGUUUAUCUCUGUACUUCACAGGGUUUUGCUGCCCUCUGUCGGUGACUCCGGCACACGGCAGUCUCUGGCUUUCUUCGUCCAUCCGGAUGACGAAGCUCUGAUCACCUGCUGUGACAACUCAAACAAAUAUCCCCCAAUUACAGCAGGCGACUACCUGACUGAGCGAUUCAACGACUCAUAUGGAAGGAGCUAA